AUGAAUUAUAAUGCAAUGAAUAUUCUUCGGAUAUGGAGACUGCUGUUGCUGCUGCAACUUACGACAUCGGAAAUUAUCGGAGGUUCACAUAGUCAAUUCACUAAUGAUCAAGAAAGUUACAAUCCUACUUUUGAGAAGAAAUUGAUCGAAGAAAAUCGUUAUGAUGGCUAUUGGAUUGAAGCAUUUCAAAUAAACAAGCAAAAUCCAAUAGGAUUAGUAGGAUUUGGACUUAAUAGCGAAGAGAUACAUUUUUAUUCGAAUCCAUCCACAACUAUACAACCGGAAAAGGCUACUCUUAUUCAAAAGUUAAAUGGUCCUGUAGGUAUGGAUCAGGCUGAUAUAACAGGCAAUGGUGUUAAUGAUAUUAUUAUCUGCUUUCAAUAUGGUAAUACAAUGUUAGAUAGCGAUCCUGAAGGAGGAAAGAUUGUAUGGUUGGAAAAUCCUGGACAAGAUAUUGAUAAAAAUCUAUGGAAAAUGCAUUAUGUUGGAAGAUCUACAGCUAUGCAUAGAAUUAAAGUUGGUCAUUUUACACAAACUAAACGUUGGGAAAUUUUAGGUUUGCCUAUUGCUAGUAAACCAUAUGAUUUACUCUCAGCAGUACCUGUAUUAUUAUUUCGACAACCUGAUGAUAUAUUCAAUGCUACAGAAUGGCCUUUUGAAAUAAUAAAUCAAGAAUUUUUUCAUUUAAUUCAUGAUGCAAAACGUUUUAAUAAUAAUCAAUUGGAUAAUCUUCUUGUUGCAUCACGUGAAGGUAUUAAUUGGCUUUAUUUUAAUUCAAGCUUGAAGCAAUGGACAAUUGAACAUAUUGGAGAUGGUGAACAAGAACAAAAACAACAGACAACUUAUUAUGGUAGUGCUGGUAUCGAUAUUGGACGAGUUGGAAAUGAUUCUUUUGCUUAUAUGGCUGCUAUAGAACCUUUUCAUGGAAAUGUAAUUUCAGUCUACAUAAAAAAUAUGAAUAAUUCGUUGAAAACAAUUCAAUGGAAAAGAUAUAUAUUAGAUAUUUAUGGAUAUCCUAAUCAAUAUGGCGAAGGUCCAGCUCAUUAUGUCGUUUGUGCUGAUUUUGAUAAUGAUGGAGACGAUGAAUUUUUAGUUGCACUUCGUGGACCAUCGCCAAAUCAAGGUGUCUAUUUUUAUAAACCAAUGGAUCUUUCUCGUGGUUUAUUUAUGAAAUGGAAAGUUAGCGAUGAUUCAGCUGCGAGAAUUGCUGUUGCUGAUUUCGACAAUGAUAAUCUUCUUGAUUUUGCAACUAUUAGUUACAGUGUUUUAGGUUAUUACACAGUAGAAAAUCCUUCUAUUCACAUGUUUUAUAAUCGAUUUGUCCAGAAAAAAUUACAAGUUAAAAAAGAAAUACAAGUAAUAAAGCAAAAUAAUGAUCUUUUAUUUCAAGUUUCAAGACCAAAUAAAGCAUUACAAUAUCAAGCAAUACCAUUUCUUACAAUAGAUGGAAUAACUUUAUCAUUAGAAAUUCUUCCACCUUAUAGUUCACGUCAUGUGGAUAAUAAUACAUUUGUUAAAGUUCUUUCUGGAAUAAUAACAUGGACUAAUUCUUUGAUAGAAUCACAUAAACUCGUCAAUCAUUCGCGUACAAUUCUCUUUGAACCAAGAACUGUUGCACCUCUUGACAUUCAUAGUGAUGAUGAUAGAAUAACAACUGGAAGUGAAGGUGCUCUUUUGAUCGUAUUCAAAACACUUAAUGAUAGUAGUAAUAAUCAUCAAAUCGAUGAUAUUCAAAAAGUUAUUAUUGAAAACUCAUUACCGGACUACUAUCCUCAAGAAACUCGUCAACUUAAUUUUCAAUUUGUUAGAUAUGAUCAAUAUGAUUCGAGCGAACAGUUUAAAGAUCUUGAAUUUUAUAAUAUGAAAGGUUUUGAGAUAAAAUUUGCUGAUAAUAAUGACUAUCUUUGCUAUAUACAACUGUGGGCUGCUGGACAAGGUGUUAAUGCUGGUGUACACAAUCAUGCAAAAGAUUUCUUCUGUGAAACUCAUGUUUGUCUUAUUAAUGGAAGUGGAAAAGGUGGCAUGCAUUAUCUCAAUAGUUCAAAACAAGAUUAUGAUCCACUUACUACACCAGAUUCAGCAUUCGAAAAAUUAACAUUACCAGCUUUUUAUGAACAUGGUCCUCUAUGGGAUAUUGAUGCACAAAAUAAACCAGUUUUGCGAAAUGAUAGUACUGUAGUUUAUCCUUGGCAUAAAUGGCAAGCUGGUAUCAAUAGAUCGUUAAAUCAAUCUUUUGAUGUUUGGAUAGUUUUUGAAUUCAAUUGUCAACUAUUAACAUUGUCUUCCUAA